AUGUCGAGAAAAGGGCAAAUGUCGCGUGGAGCGAACUCAGGGCCAGCUGUGAUGAUGAUGCCCCCACAUAUCAGGGCAACUUUCAUGCCAAACCCACCAUUGGAGCAGAUUCCUCCGUUACCGAAGCGUCGGAAAACGCAAAUUAGUGGAGUUCAACGAUUUCUGAAGGAAUUUGAGACUGGAAAGCCAAAGGAAAAAGUUCCGACGCUAACACCAAAAAAGCUAAGGAAGGAACAAAAAGAACGACGGGAGAGGGAACAUUUGAAGAAAUUGGAACCGGAAAUUGAAAAAUUCAGAAAGGACCAACAAGACCUCGGUGGUGAAUAUCAGGGAAUGAACUGCUACAAUACACUCUUCAUUGGGAGACUAGCAUUUGAAGUUACAGAACGUAAGCUACUGCGUGAGAUGGAAACAUUUGGUCCAGUUAAGGAUCUUAAGUUGGUGCGAGACAAAGCUGGUAAAUCAAAGGGAUAUGGAUUCGUCGAAUAUGAAAACGAAGAUGAUAUGAAACGAGCAUACAGAGGAGCUGAUGGAAUGAAGAUCGAGGGAAGAUAUAUAGUGGUGGAUGUCGAACGUGGUCACACUGUACCCUCAUGGCUACCUCGACGAUUAGGCGGUGGACUUGGUGGAACUCGUUUGGGUGGAAACGACAAGAAUGUGAACCGUCCUGGUAGAUUUGAUCCAACUGUUGUGGAUUCCCUUUCAUUCAAUUCAGCUUUACCAGGAGGAGACGGUAGAGGGCAUGGCGGUGGCGGCAACGCAGCCGAAGAAUUUGAUGGAAGACGAGUACAGUAUGGCAAUUACCAAUCUGGCACAUACGGUAGAGGGGGGAGAGAAUGGGGAAACGAGAGAUCGAGUUACAAUGAUGGCGGUAGGAGGCGAAGAAGGUCAAGAAGCCGAAGCCCGGAAUAUCGUUAUGCUCCCCGACCUAGAUAUUAA